AAGAAGAAAAGAAGAAAAAAAGAAACGAAAAAUUAAUGUUUCCAAAGAAUGUACAAAAAAUUAAGAAGAAAAGAAGAAAAAAGAAACGAAAAAUUAGUGUUUCCAUGGAAUGUACGAAAAAUUUCGCGAUCGACUGUAUUAUGCGAGUUACGAUAAUGCAUCCUCGUGGUAAUCCACACGCGUGACCCUCGAUCUUGCCAGCCUCUCGUGCAGUUCGCAAAACGCUCGUUGGCAUUUCUUUUGCCACGGCGGACCGUCUCCGCCUGGUACGAGCUAAUCAGAACUAGUUACGUAAAGACACGCGGAGACGGCCGCCGACAUGCUUGAUUUUCCACUCGCGAUCCGACACGAGUAAACUUUGUAACGAAUCGGCCUUUGGGCACAUUCUGCAACACUGAUGGAAACUCGCCUUAACAGUACGUGGUCUACAUAUGUUUAGCGAAAACUUGUCAACCUCGAGGAACCUUCUAAGUGCUACAAACUAUCCUUCCUUACGUAUUCUACGUACAUUGAAAACAUUUCUCACUUGUAUUAAAUGUAUUUCAAUCGUUGCUGGCAUUAGACCCGCGAGAAAUGUUCUAUAGAAUUUUCAUAGAAUUACAGCGAUUUAUUUUCACGAAGCUUUUUGUGAUCUACUGUGUGUUCAGCUAAAACUCGUCAAGCUCGCAAACCUGCAAAUUAGGGUUCUUCGUGUAUCGUACAUGGGGCUAUCGGAAAUAUCUUGUGCAAAUUUUAUGAAAUUACAGUAGUUUUUUUUUUUCAUGAGUUUUUUACCAUCUACAUGAAGCUUGUCAACCUUGGACACCUGCAAAUUAUUGUUGCUUAUGUACUGUACACGAAGCUAUGAGAAACGUUUUAUGGAAAUAAUUUUGAUUUUGUAAAAGAGAUUUCGUAAAAUUAUAGUGGUUCGUUUUGAUGAAUGUUUCAUGAUCUAUAUAUGUUCACCUAAAGCUUGCCGUUCUAGGAAACGUCCAAACUAUUUGUUACUCACACAUCGCUACGUGUGUACUUUGAAAACAUUUCCUAUUUCUAUUAAAUACAUCUCUGUCGUUGUUCGUAUCGGAGCUCGUAUCAGAGACAUGAUCUAGAAAUCUUGUAAAAUUAUAACGCUGUUCAGUUCGACGAACCUUGCAUGAAUUUUUCAAAAUAUAAAUAGCAAUUUCCUGCAGUCGAUUUUCAUCAAUUUCCUAGCAAGCUUCCCAAAUGUUUGUGUAUCUCAUCGCCACUAAAAUAUCGAAUAAUUCCUUCUACAUCCGCCGACGUUAAAAUGCUCCGUUUGCUACAAAACAGAUAGACAGAUUGUAAGAAAAAAAAUACGAAGAGACUUGGUAUUUCGUGGCUGGAGAAUGACGGCUGUCACAGAGGCACUAAACGGAAGUUGGCGCGUGAUACGGGGAAAAUGCGAUCGCGGAUAAGAGCAAAACGUUUGGCAUUUCCAUGCGCGGACAGGUAUACGGCGACACGUCGCUUGUUUCCCAUUUGCUUUCGCCGGUCGGAACUUUCACUCAUUGUUAAAGCUGCUUCACGCUCGAAUUCACCGCGUGGACAUCUCGUUCGAUCUCGAUUCAACGGCUGUUACCGACAAUCGUGCGUGGAAAAGAGCGUUUCGCAAGAGGAGCCGAGGGUACAUCGAUCAUUUCCACGCCGGUAAGCACCGGCUACGAAUUUACCGGAAUCUCGUCUCGGUGUACAAGGCGGUACCGUUAUUAUAAUGAAAUGAGUUAUUCGAUUAGUUGGCCGCUUUGAUGAACUUGGCGCACGCACCGAGCAACUGCGACCGAGCGCAAUUCGAUUACGAUGCAAUCGGGACGCAUAGGUCUUUCGAUGGUUUUACGAGAGCUGCGUCACGGCGAAACUACGCGAUACUGUGAAUUCAACUACGAGUUGCAUGGAAAUUGAGAAUUUCGCGAAACGGUUGCAAUUACGAUGAUUUAUUACGAUAUAUUAUUUGCUUCUGCGUAUCUUGUUCGUGUUAUUCGUCGCGCAACUUCUAUCUGUACGUUUGUGAGGCAGAAAUAAAAUCCCGUCUGAUGUUGAUAAAUAAAGAAAUAAAUAAAUUUGUAUCGAUCGGCGAUAAAAUCCGAGAAACUGAGAUACGCUGAAUUUUCGAACGAUGGAAUUGCGGAAACGUCGGACGCCGAAUGUAAAAGCAUUAGAAUUGCGAGUCGGGAAAUUUUUGAAUCUCAACGUCUUGGGAUAGCAUCCGUGACGGAGAAGAGCGUUUGGUUCGGCGAUAUUGGAAUUGCCGCGCGUCGGAAGAAAGAAACGCCGGUAAUUGCAACGCGUCGAAUUGGAGAUACCACCGGGAUCGCGGUACGCCGAAUUUGUAUGCAUGGAAUUACAACGCGGCGAAUUAUAAAACGCUGGAGUUGCAACGCGCCGAGGUAGAGUAUAUCCGAAUUACGAUAUGGAUGGGCCUGAUUUGGACGUGCUGGAAUUGCGACGCAUCGAAACGGAGUUUGGAAUUGCUAGAUGCAACAGUAUCGGAAAGUACUACGAUGGCGAAUGCCGUCUUGAAAUUGCAGCAUACCGAGAUUGAGAAUCGUUGAAAUUCCGACGAACAGAAUUCUCAGAUGCGGAAAUCACGAUGUUUAGAAUCCAACUAUAAAUACGUGUGAAGCGAUCGCGUUGCCCGGGACUCGAACGUGGUGGACUCGGUUCGCGAGAAGAUCGACGCUUCGUCCGCAACUUCGAUUCUCGUCUCGUGUGGACAUCGAACGCUCCCAAUAGCGGCGAUUAGUCAUAGAUUCGUGCAUUGCACGCAUGUGUGCCCAGUAAAAGGAAGGAGAAAAAAUGACAGAGGUGCACGACUAGAGCCGGGUAGAGCAGCGGGGCACGGUGAGACUCGCGUCACGUCGCGGCGUCCUGUCCAUCGAGGUGGGGUGCAGCCGUUGGACGGUUUCGCGGCGAACAUCCGAGCGAGUCGCGGCGAGUGAGCGAGCGAACCAACCAGUCAACCUGAAACCGCGAACAGCCGCGACAGCGUGUGCCUCGUCGUUGCUCCGUGCGCUCUCGAUGGCGCCAGGCAUCGCAACUUUAAAAUAAACAUCGCGAUUCCGCCGCGGGCGUCGUCGAGUAUACGGCGCGCGGAUCUUGAAUCGGGUUUUGCCGCGCGAAUAUCUGUCACACGGUUGAAAUACGGCCACGCGCCCGUGUAACUAGUUCACGAUAUCUUUUAAUUAUACGGCUCUAGAUGUAGGAUAAGUGGUUUAACCGGGUGGAUUGAUAAGGAGGAUUUUUACCGUGAACAACGGUGCUUCGAGUUGUGAAAACAGGAAUAUUGAUUAGUGAGAGUUGAAACGUUCGAGAAGUUAGUGUAACGGGGAUUGCCGCGCAUGGAAUCUGUCGACUUUGCGAUUGCCUUGGAAAGGUGCUGCAAUUGUAUCGGAAUGCUCGUUGCAAUUGCAUCGCGGGGAAAUCGAGCGACACGCCAAUUACUCCCGUUGGAAUCGCGCCGCCGCAAUUCCAUUCCAGAAGGAAUUGCCUGCCGUUGAAAUCAAUUGCAAGGGAAUUGACAGGCGUUGAAUUACGAAGCAACUGUCAUCGUUCCAACCGACCCAUCUUUCGAGCAAUUCCAUUUCGUUGAUUUUUCCGUGCCACGGAAUUACGGUGCCAAGCGUGUUGCAACGUAUCAGUCUCGACGACGCAGCAAAAUCCAGAGAAUUGUCAGCAACCUUGCGCUCGACCUCAAACUGAAGCAGCCUCUCGAACGCGCGACUCGAGCUCGGCUUAAGGCUCGAGUCAAGGAAAUCGCAUCGUGACCGAAAUGCCGGGCUAAAAUCCGAGCUAAAAGGACCGACAACCUCAAGGCAAAACGGUCGGUUCUGUGGCAAGUUCGCGCGAAGGUGCGGAGCGUUGAAUCGGAUGGAAAGCGAGUCGAGCGGAGUUGCGAUAAAACGUUGUAUGAUCGGGAAAGGGGCAACUAUGGCGGCCAGUCGGUGAAAUCGAAGAUGCAGCGAAAGCACGAUCGGUCGAAGUUCAAAGUAUAGCGGCGUCUAUUGAGCGUUUUGCUCUCGCGUUACGCCCGUGGAAAGUCAAACGGACGGAGAGAAAAGGAACGAGCGAGGGAAGGAGAAGGUGAGAAGGGAAGGACGUGGUGUGUACGCCGACAGACUUUCACGUCGACUCUGUUUCUUCUGGAUCGCGUUACGAAAAUCGCGAUCCGUUGCCCGAGUAUCGCUGGAAAAACUCGAUCACCGUUAUAUCGGAGAUCGAUGUGUCGCGAACCUUGUGUCACGAUGCGAAUUCAAAGGGGAAUAAAUCGCGAGAAGUAGAGACGAUUUGCUUCUCGAAUACGACAUUUCGAUCGUUCGCUCGUCUUUACAUAAUCGCGUAAUGUAUCUCACGAAGAAUUUGCUCGGUUCGUGCGAGCAAAUACGACUGGUCGGAUGCAGAACAUUUUUUCAGUGAAAUCGUCGCGUGCUUUUCGGCGAUCGUCCGUUGCGCGCUCCCGAUCUCGAGAAAGCGAUCGUUAACGCAGGUUGUGAACUCUGCAGUGGACAUUUGAUGGAAUAUAAACGUUGGCAGUUGAGACGUACAAGCGAUAACGAUAAAUAACAAGGAUAUAAGUAACAGGCGAAGUACGAGGUGAAAUAUGGAAGAAAGUACGAGUCAAAGUUGAAGUUGGUCGGAAAGAACGUGAAACGGAAGAGUGUGUUUUUUAUUCGACACGAUUCUUCAAAGAUAAAAGCUUAGGCCAAAGUCGGGUGAUACUUUGCUUCUACCAAAGCCGGUCUUCUCGAUAAGAGAGAGAGAGUGGAAAGAUUAAGUAGCAAGUUUUAAACAGUUCGAAGUUGGUCGAAUUAUCGGUCCUCGAACCGACGUCGCUUCCUCGUGAACUUCGCCAGACUCCCGCCUCUAAUCGAAUCUUCCGCAGCAACGACGGAUAAAUCGAUUACCAAUUAAUACCCGGAAUUCUCUUGGGAAAGGGAAGAAAAAGAUAAAAAAGCAAAAUCAAUUUUGUGAUGGGGCAAAAUUCGCAGACCCAAAAACCAAUUUAGUUCGCAACUAAAUAAUGACUAGAUUUCUUAAAGUUGCGAGAAUUUGGUUAAUUGCCCAGAACCACGAAAUAAGACGACAAAAAUUCAAUUAUAGCAGCUGGAUUUCUUGGAAUUGCGACACAUGACGGAUUGGAAUUCGCUGGAAACGCAGUGAAUAAAAUUGUGCCGCGUUAGAAUCGCUGCACGUAGAACCGAGGCGCGCUGGAAUUGUCGCGCGUAGAAUCGAAUCGCGUUGCAAUUGCGAAUACAAGAAGUUCGACUAAGAAGUUCGCUGUGAAAUCACCGCACACGGAAUUGAUCGGAAUUGCCACUUUCAGAAUCGACCCGCGGUCGUUGCAUCGGAGUUGCCAUUCGCGGAAAUCGUUCACGCGACAAUUGCGAUACACCGAGUUUGGAAUUGCUACGCCCGAGAUUGGAACAGCACGCGUGCGGAAUUCAGUUGUUUGGAAAUUCCGACGUACGAAAUACAGCUUCGCGAGAAUGUCGGAAUUGUCGAACGUAUUAAUUACAUUCGAAUAAAAAAAAAAAUACCUCGAACGACGACAAAAUAUCGAAGACUAUGGAGGAAGGUGGAAACAGAAAAUAAACGGCUAUACGAUAAGAAGUCGAUAAUACGAUGAUCGAUGGAGGAAAAUUGGGCGCAGCACGCGUUUAUUGGUUCUGACGGCCAUAACUACGCGAUAAUGAUGCGCAUUAUAGUCGCGAUUCGUGCGUCAUAAGGUUUCGACUGUCGGCGACGACGGUGACAUCAAUUUAGAGACUGUCCGCCGCGGCUAAAUCUAAUUAUUUAACAAGCCGCUGGCCGUAAUGCGCCUCGAGCGCGUACGCGAAAUUGUGUGGAAGAAGGCGACCGCUGCGACGAACGUCGUUUCUCUUCUCCGCCUUCGUUCUUCUCACGGCUAUCGACAGUUUAGUGCAGUGUAUCGUUAGUACGCCGUGGUGUUUCGCAGUUUUAUGCUGCCUUUGUGUUUGCAAACGCAUCGUUUGAAGAUACCAGGUCUAUUGGAUACCGAAAUGUAUCUCGGAUAAGUAAGACGCUUCGGACAUUCGCGAGACAAACCAAAGAGAUUUGUGAUAGUCGGUAAUUAAAAAAACAGUGGAAUAUUUGAAAAGGAUAGAGGAGAAAGAUGAGACCGGGAGUGAAAAUAGCGAGACCACGUGGUCCUGUGAUUCAAGUGAUUGGUGAUCAGUGAAAGCAAUCAUGUUUACGAUGAUCGAACCGAGGGGCGACAGGGUGGCCAACACCCAGACAAAACAUCACUGUUACCAAGUGAUCAGGACCACAAGGGUGCACCAGAGUUCCAGAAGCUCGAGAAUGGUCACUGUUCAGGAGAAGGUGAUCAGAUCGCGGCUACAGUUGGGUUAUUCCACGCCUACCAACUUCAUCAACCGUUUCCCGCAGAAGAUGGAGAGGCCAUCGCAGCAUGCGGCGAACGUGAACCAGGUGCACGGGAGCGGCAUGCACGGCGUAUACUCGUCAGGCAGUCAAACCUCCCUGACGACGUCCUACAUCACGGGUCAGUCGUACGUUCAGAACCAGAACUACGCACACGGCCCAUACAAUUCGACAUCGAACGUGAGAGUAUACACUCACGCCGGCUACAGUCAGCCCCAAAGUUAUGGUACCAUGGUGCAGGGCUAUGGUGGUCAGCCACAGGCCACAGGGUAUCAACAAAACCAUCUUAAAAAAGGACCUGUACGUAACGGAGACGUGCUGAAGAGAUGCCGGCUGCAGACUGCGUACGAGUUAUCCCAAGACCUAUUGGAUAAGCAGAUUGAGAUGUUAGAAAGAAAAUACGGCGGUGUGAAGGCAAGAAACGCCGCACUGACUAUUCAACGAGCAUUCAGAAGAUACACUCUGCUGAAGAAAUUCGCAGCCAUCACCGCCAUGGCCAAGGCUGAAAAACGUCUCAGCAGAAAGCUUCAGGAAACUACAGAGAGAGCCACGGGCGUGAAUGAACAUGAGAGGAUGGUAUAUCACAGUCAAAUUUACAUACAACAGCCACAGACGGCGAACAGACCAAUGCCCAUCAGGAGCAUGUCUCUGAGGGAAAGGAGGCACGUGGAGAACUCACAGUCUCCGAUACCGAGGAGCCAGAGCGGCAGGUGCGAGGUUCAGGUCGCUGGUCAUCAGCACGCGAACCAUAACAUACAUCAAAGUGGUAGACAUACGCCCUCUCUGGCACCGAGUCCUUGCAACAGACACCAACAGUUACCACCAAGUCCGUGCUGGGAGUCCAGCUCUCAGGAAAGCGGGUCUAGCAUGCAUUAUUACAAUCCACAGGACACGUUGUGCAGCAUCAGACAAGAUACACCACCAAGGGAUCUGCUGCGUACACCAUGCACGUCGCCGUCAACGCCUCAUAAUCUUCAGACACAAGUGGUUCAGAACUGGAGUAGUGCCGGUCACCUUGGUUCCGCCGGUAGAACGAGAGGAUCCGCGAAAAAGGUGCCACCGGAAGUGCCAAAAAGAACGUCUUCCAUUACGUCCAGAUCUAUGGAACCACGUCACAAUGGCCUUAGCAAAAGCGUCGAGAACGGUAGCCUAAGCUCAGUUCAGAGUUCUGGCAGCGAUUCCACUAAUUGCGAGAGCUCCGAGGGAGACGCUCAAAGAGGAUCACCUGUGUGGAAGCAUAAAGGAAUCUCAAGUUCACCAGAACACCAAGAAUGCGCCAAUCACACAACAGACUCAACUACUAUGAUAAGCAGUGUGAAGGAUCUUGGUCACUCCCAUGCCAGUUCCGGCUACCAGCUUCCUCUCAUGGAUCAUCCAGAAAGUAUACCACAGACGAGCUAUAAAGUAUCAGAAAUAGUAAGAAAACGUCAGUAUCGAGUAGGCCUAAAUUUAUUCAACAAGAAACCAGAAAGAGGAAUCAGUUACUUGAUCAGAAGAGGAUUCUUGGAAAAUAGCCCUCAGGGUGUAGCAAGAUUUUUGAUCAGUAGAAAAGGACUGUCCAAGCAGAUGAUAGGAGAAUAUCUUGGAAACCUUCAAAACCCCUUCAACAUGGCUGUGCUUGAAUGCUUCUCCCACGAGCUGGACCUAUCGGGAAUGCAGGUAGACGUCGCUUUGAGAAAGUUUCAAGCAUAUUUCCGGAUGCCAGGUGAAGCUCAAAAAAUAGAACGACUAAUGGAGGUGUUCAGCCAACGUUAUUGCCACUGCAAUCCCGAUGUAGUAUCCAGGCUACGCUCAGCAGAUACUGUCUUUGUAUUAGCGUUCGCAAUAAUCAUGCUGAACACUGAUCUGCACACACCAAACCUGAAACCAGAACGCAGAAUGAGGCUGGAUGACUUUGUCAAGAACCUCAGAGGCAUAGACGAUUGUGGAGAUAUUGACAGAGAUAUAUUGGUUGGAAUUUAUGAAAGAGUAAAGGAAAACGAAUUCAAACCUGGCUCAGAUCAUGUUUCUCAAGUAAUGAAAGUCCAAGCGACAAUAGUAGGCAAGAAACCUAACAUGGCCUUGCCUCAUAGAAGAUUAGUUUGCUACUGUAGACUGUAUGAGAUCCCAGACAUCCACAAGAAAGAGAGACCAGGUGUACAUCAACGAGAAGUAUUUCUCUUCAACGAUCUCCUCGUUGUAACAAAGAUCCUGAGCAAGAAAAAGAACAGCGUUACUUAUACGUUCAGACAAAGCUUUCCACUGUGCGGAAUGGUAGCCACGCUGUUUGAAGUUCCUCAUUAUCCGUAUGGAAUUAGACUCUCCCAGCGCGUGGAUGGAAAGGUGUUGGUUACGUUUAACGCGAGGAACGCACACGACAGGUGCAAGUUUGUGGAGGAUCUCAGAGAAUCCAUCAGCGAAAUGGACGAGAUGGAAACCUUACGGAUUGAGACGGAACUAGAACGACAGAAGAGCAGCAGAAGUGCGAGGGGCGGCGCUGAAAAUAGAGACUCUGGAGUGGCAGAUGUCGAGAUAUGUCCUUGCCCGGGGCCCUACUCCGAAAGAUCGGAAACUACCGACAUAGAUACCCAAUUAAAACGUUCUGCCCUUAGUAAUUCUCUUCUGGACAUACAUGAACAAUUUGCUGGUGAAAAACCGCAGCGACGUGGAAGCGUGGGCUCACUCGAUAGCGGUAUGUCGAUUUCUUUUCAAUCUACAUCUGCCAGCUCAAUGAGCCAAGGCAUUAAACAUCCUGGACAAGUUCAUCCUAUACAUCCAGGGGCUACGAUCCCUGGUGGUGCUAAGGGACUGGCUCAGCAGCCAUCUUUUUUAGGGGGUCUAUUCGCCAAACGGGAACGAAAACUUUCACAAUCGGAGGAAUCCGGCCCGUACAGUCGCACCACGGAAGUGUAAUAUAUCCUUCCGGUGCUACCUAAGAGAUAACAGGCCAAAGUGGAAGUUCCACAAGGGGACACGUCCUAUAUAGUAAUAUAUUAAACAUUUAGUACAUACUAUUCAAACUUCCGUGAGAAAAUGUUCUUCGAAAUUAUGUAUCCCUCAUAUACAUAAUACACACAAACCUGUAUAUAAUGUUAUAGCUUCCAUUAUAACGCUAUUAUAGUUAUAAUAUUAUUUAUGGAUUAUGUUGACAAUAUGGAGGAUAACCGAAUAUUCGAGCCUCAUUUCCUUGUAAAAGUUUGAACAGCAUGUCCUAUAUGUUUUAUAUUGCUAAAAUGUAAAUCAAAUGGAUAAUUCAAAUAUCGUGCAGUCUCUUUGUCAGAUGGAGCGCGUGAACUCUUUCACUUCCCCUCGGCUUUUAAGGAAGCGAAAUGGACGCCAAUUUUAUGCGUGAUUAAAAAGGCCAAUGCAUCUUGAAGAUAAAGGUGAGAAGACAAGUUAUCCCAUAAUUAAUUGGGAUCUGAAAAUGCACUUUGGGAAGUAACACAAUGAAGAUGAAAAAAGAAAAAGUAAAAAGGAGAGAAUAAGAAGAGACAAUUGAAUAGGCGAUGUAAAUUUAUUGGAUUGGGCAGGAUCCAAUCGCGAUCACUCGAGACAAAGGAAACAAAUUUGGCAAGAUGGCGCGUUGAAGUAGUCUUUAUAGGGGCGCAUGUAUAGUAUUUAUUCAUCCAAAAAUGAAAAAAAAUAACACGUCGAUUCACUUUUUCUUAUGAUAUUUAUAAUAAUUUCCAAUGGAGAGCGAUGCGAUCCUCUCAACGCAUGUAGAUAAUCGUUCCGUUGAUCGCAUAGACCCCAUAAACCGGUUUUUCAACUAAAAGUCACGUGACUCAAAAAAAAAAUCUUAUCACUUCGAAAAGAAAAAAAUAUGAUCGGUUUAUGGGAAGAGAAUGGCUCUAGUGUAAUAUCGUGUUUUUUUGCAAGUAUCGACGUAGCUAUACUUGAACAGUUGUACAUAAUAGGUAUAUAAUAGAUAUAUAACGGCAAUUGUAUGAUUACAAUGAUGAUGAUGAUAAUUCUGUAACAAAAAACAUGAACCGUAGCCUAAGGAAACCGAUAAGCAAUCCCCUUCUUGAUAUUAGGUGCAUGUCGAUGUCUAACAAAUUUUUAAUAUCUCAUCAAUGAAAAAAAAAGUAAUAAAUCGUUUGGAUCGUAGCAAUCUUUGUAAGUAUUAACAUUUAAAAAAAAAAAAAAGAAGAAGAAGAAGAAGUUACAGAGAAGCGUUUUUUCGUUGUUGGGGUACAUUCUCAUAAUCUUCUGCAAAUCAUAGUUCUGCUUGUGUGUUCAGAAUCGAGCAGUUUUUUUCUCCGAAACAGCGUACUAAUGAGAAAAUUCAAUUAACCAAAUUAGUUGGUUUCUCGUCUCGUACCACGUGUAGCUAACUCUCAGCGUCAUCUUAAACGAAUGCUAUAAGGAUCAAUGAAUGGAAGAGGACAACUUGUAUGCCUUAUGUAACAACUGCCACAACUUAUCAUCAAGAGAUGAGAAACUGACUAAUAAUCUUAUCAAUUAUUAAAGAGAUAAACAAUCUUUUUGGAGGGCUGCAGAAUUACAUUUGGAAAAGUAAAAUAACUUGUACAUAUAUAUAUUACCAGCGAUCACAAUACCAAUUAAUAGCAAUUAAAAAAAUGGAUUGUCCGAUUAAUUUCGAUUCGAAGUGACUAAUCAGUGAAAUUUGAUACACUGUACAUUAUUAUAAUACGUUUCGAACUUUGGGAGUUUCAUUGUAAUUAACGUCAUGAUGUAAUGUACGCACACAUUACCAGUUUUUGUAUAAACUUUGAAAUUUAUUUUCGUAGUUCUCUUUAAUAAUAACCUUGAGAUUCAAGUGAUUCUAACACUUUUUGCACUUCUGAUCGAUAAGCACUCUAACGUCUGUUUCCAAAUUAUAUUUCCUUAAUCGUGUAAUUUGAAUCCUUCAGCUGUCACAGAAAUAGAUCUUCUUUAGAGAAGCAGCUUAUUUUUCUGAGCAUACAAUUUCAUAAGGAGAUACACUCACAUAUUUCAGAUUAAAAGUAAUAGAUUUACUAAGGACUAAAAGGUUUGCUACAUUUUAUCUCUUAUAGUGAUUUGUGAGAGUAUUUGAACAUUUACCAUAGAAAACUUUGACAUAUAUAUAUAUUAUGUAUUUGUUUCACAUUUGCUCAAUAUAAUCAUGAUAGUUUGGUCUCAUUACAGCACCAAUAAAAUUUCAAAAUAUUUCAUAUACAGAUGUAAUAUGACCAUAAAAGGCAUCUACAAGUGUUUGAAUACUCUUACACUAUACGUAACUCUGACUGCUAUCACAAGUUUCUCAAUCUAAAUGUCUAUUGUUCUCCAAAGUAAACAGAGAAAGAGGCUGUAAUGAUCGCAUAGGUUCUAACUAAUUAUAAAACUGGAAAAUAGCUAUUCAUGUUGUCGAGAUGAGAAUAUAGGUCUUACAAAGACGUGUAUUGUUAUAGGAAAAGACAUAGCGAGAUUAUAAAAUCAGCGAUGUGUUUAAAUUUAUAUGUUUCAAUAGUCUAAACAAUAAUUUGAGACAUAUGGAGAAAGAGAAGGAAUUAAAAGCCUCAUUCAAUAUAUUAUAGAAUAUUAUGGAACUGUUCUCCUUUUAUAUAACAUUUAAGAAAAAUUGUGUAUAGCAUAAAAUUUGAAAAGUAGAUUCUAAACAUAUGCAGUUUGCUAUUUUUCACAUAAUGCAUAUAUAAAAAAAUUUUAUAUGUCACCAAUGACUAGACUACAAAUUUUUAUGUAUUUAUGGAAAUUCUGAAAAUGAAAGAAUGUACAAAAUGGAUGUAACAUGCAAAAAUAUACAAAAUAUCUUAAGUAAAGUACUCGAGUAAAACAAAUCUUUGCUUAGAUUCCAUUUCUAUAAUUGUGUUCAUAAAAAUAUAAAACAUAAAAAUCCGUAAUCUAUUAAUGACUUUCAUGGCCUGAAAUUCGAGGUACUUCUAUAAAAUGCGUACGACGUUGGACGCAAUUACAUCAAUCGAUGUCGCUAAUUAAUAAUUAAAUUUAUAACCUCGCUAUAUCUCUUCCGCCAAGUAUAUAUGCGUCGUUUACAGCUGAAGGAAACAAAAACCGAGAGAACUCGAACGCAACUAAGAAUAGUUGGCAAAGUGUUCAUCCUAAUUGUACAUAGGCUCCCAUGGAUCCGUAACAAGUCCGUAGUCUUCAGCGUUAUUAAUUCUAGUCUUUCUCAUCAGGAGAGUUCUCCGGUUACGCUGUAAUGUUUGCGAGGGAGAGAGCGAAAGAGAGAGAGAGAAAAUAAUUCCAUAAAACUUUGUCAGAAAAACCUUGAUGUAGUUCUUAAGGAUGUGGUUUACAAUAAAAAGUGUGAGGUCAGUCUAAUAUAACAAAGGAUCGCGUCAAUUUGCGUGAACGAUGAAACAAAUGCUCGUUCAGAUUCCCGAAAUUUAAAAAAUGAAAAGAAAGAUGAUCAAUAUACGGAAAUUCUUCUGUGAUAAACUUCUUACGAAUGAAAAAAAAAAAAUAAGAAAAGACUGAUUAGAAAGACCACCUUCUAAGUCGCCGUAUCUACAAGAAAAUUCAUGAAAAAGUAAAAAAAAAAGAUGAAAUAACCAUCAUAAACGCUCUCACGAAUGGUCCUAUAAAUGAUUGAUUCCUAUAAAUCGUAUGCGUAGUCAUUUUUAUUUAGAAAAGACGAAGACGGCCAUCAACAUCCGUUUUUGGACAGGGACAAGGAGAACAUUAGAUUUUUCGAUUGUUUGUAAUCAUACUGUUUUUCAAACUCUGUCCCUUAUGUACAGUCAUCCUACAUCUUACGACAUCUUUAAGCAAUCCAACUGGAUUAUAUGAAAGAUUUCUUGCACGAUCUCAUACAUAUACAUUAUAUGUAUAUAAUAAGCGAAAGAUAUAAAUUUCAGUCUGACUCUUAAUAAAACUAGUGGGUACCAAAGUAGACACUACGACGGUAUAAAGUUUCAUUAGGAUGAUUAACUUAGAUACAGAAAAUAAAAAAAAAAAAGCAGUUUGGAUAUGACGAGAAUAAGUAGUAAACAGUGAUCGUAUAACAUCGAAGCAAUACAACAUUGCGUAACAUCAUUACCAUGAAUUAUUCGCGAAUUUACGGCGACUAGAUUUAAUCCAAUUUGACGCGAUCUGCGAAAAAUGACGACAUGCAAAAAAAGAACGGUGUCGAUAAACGCAUUUGAUGAAAAAAAAUAUUUGAUGAGAAAGUAAGUAACUACGUUAUUAAUUUAGAAAUAACAAUCGCUCCCCGUGCGAAAGUAUCGCCUCCUUUGUUAAUCUAACGAACGCUGUAUGCACAUUGUGUUAAUAAAGAACUAUGAGUCUGAAACGUAA